UUAAGCGAACGCCGCCGGACACCAAGCAUGCAUUGAUUCGCUAUCAUUCGCUCUUAAGACUUGCCACUUUGGUUAAGAAGUUAAGUAGUUUGUUAAAUAUAUAUUUAAAACGUUGUGUUUGUUGUAAUAAAAUAAUAAUUAGCUUUUCUGCCUGCGAGUAAAAUAAUUACAAAUCGAAGGAUAUUAAAGUUAAAGCAAGCUAAAUCGAAAAGUUCAUAAGUAUUUGAAAAGUUUCGAUAACUGGAAGUUCUACAAGUUAAAGAUCCUGUGUUUUACGUACAUACAAAAACAAAAACAAGUGUGAUUUCUGGAGCUGUUUAGACGCAAACACCGUUCAAGCAAACUACUUCAAAGUUGAUUAACAGAAAAUUGGCAAGAACAUUUUUUUGUUAUUGUAAAAUAAGCAGUGAAAGUGCAUUUCGUAGGCUUAUUUCUGACAACAGUUGCCAAAUAAAAACUCAAAAACGCAAAUAUAUAUAAAGACAAGUGUCAUAAAUUGCACUUUGCGUUAAAUUUUGAAUUCUCUUCGUAUCCGUAUAUUUAUAAAAAACAAAAACUAACAAAAUGAUGGCCGUAGCUGCUGCACAAAAGAACCGCGAAAUGUUCGCUAUCAAAAAAUCCUACAGUAUUGAGAAUGGCUAUCCAUCACGCCGUCGUUCGUUGGUGGACGAUGCGCGCUUUGAAAGCUUGGUUGUCAAGCAAAACAAACAAACCGUGCUGGAGGAAGCGCGCCAAAAGACCAAUGACGAAACUACCCUGGAGCAAUGCAUUCAACAAGCUAAAGGCACUCCAAUCGAGCAAGAAAUUGAAUUGCAAGCCGAACAGUCGGUGGAAAAUGUGGAGAUACCAGCUGAAGUACAUGACAUCCCAGCAGAAGCCCAUAACGAAACCACCAACGCCUCGUUGGGCGCUGCUGCUCAGGGUGAGGGCAAUAACAACAGCAACAAUGCAAAUGAUGCCGGUCUUACCGAAGAGGAAGUUUUGCUUGCCAAUGCCGCUGCUGAGUCCACUGAAGCGGAGAAUGCCGUGCAGAGUGCUGCGCUCGUCGUACGCCUCAAGGAGGGCAUCUCUUCGCUUGGCCGCAUACUCAAGGCGAUCGAAACGUUCAAGGGUGCUGUACAACAUGUCGAAUCGCGUGUGUCACGCGAACAAGGCGUCGAUCACGAUGUGCUCAUUAAAGUCGAUAUGACACGUGGCAAUCUGUUGCAACUUGUACGCUCGCUACGUCAAUCAGGCUCGUUCUAUAGCAUCAGUCUGUUGGCCGAACAUAACAUCAGUGUCAAGGCACCAUGGUUCCCCAAGCAUGCCUCCGAGUUGGAUAACUGCAAUCAUUUGAUGACCAAAUACGAACCUGAUUUGGAUAUGAACCAUCCUGGUUUUGCUGAUAAAGUCUAUCGUCAACGUCGUAAGGAGAUCGCUGAAAUCGCUUUCGCUUACAAAUAUGGCGAUCCAAUCCCAUACAUCGAAUACUCCGAUGUUGAGAUUAAGACUUGGCGUUCGGUGCUUUUGACUGUUGUCGAUUUGUCGAAGAAACACGCUUGCCAGGAAUAUCGUGCUGCUUUCCAGAAGUUGCGCGAUGAACAGAUCUUCGUCGAACACCGUCUGCCACAAUUGCAAGAGAUGUCUGACUUCUUGCGUCGCAACACCGGUUUCACACUGCGUCCCGCUGCCGGUUUAUUGACCGCACGCGAUUUCCUCGCCUCGUUGGCAUUCCGCAUCUUCCAGAGCACACAAUAUGUGCGCCACGUCAACUCACCAUACCACACACCCGAACCCGAUUGCAUUCACGAAUUGCUUGGUCACAUGCCACUCUUAGCUGAUCCCAGUUUCGCACAAUUCUCACAAGAGAUUGGUUUGGCUUCGUUGGGUGCCUCCGAUGAUGAAAUCGAAAAGCUAUCCACUGUCUACUGGUUUACCGUUGAGUUCGGUCUCUGCAAGGAACACGGUCAGGUGAAAGCCUACGGCGCUGGUUUGCUCUCGUCAUACGGCGAACUCUUGCAUGCCAUCAGCGACAAGUGCGAACAUCGCGCUUUCGAACCAGCCUCCACUGCCGUGCAACCCUACCAGGAUCAAGAAUACCAGCCCAUCUACUAUGUUGCCGAGAGUUUUGAAGAUGCCAAAGAUAAAUUCCGUCGUUGGGUGUCGACCAUGUCGCGUCCAUUCGAGGUGCGCUUCAACCCACACACCGAACGCGUCGAAAUUUUGGACUCCGUCGACAAAUUGGAUACACUGGUACAGCAAAUGAACACGGAAAUCCUCCAUUUGACAAAUGCCAUUGCCAAGUUAAGGCGUCCAUUCUAAGUAAAUCUCUCUAAAUCAUUCAAACACUAAGCUCUCUUGCACACACACACAUUGAGAUUGUUAUGAGGUGUGUGCGUGUAACCCAUGCAUGUGAAACCCAACUCAAACACUUACCCUAACAUAUAUUUAGAAGAAUUGUGCAUACGUACCCACGUAAUGGACGUAUGCAGGCAACGUAGAGCGGUCAUGUCGGCAGCCGUGGCCAGCACUUGUGUAGUUGUGCCGCGCCUCUUGUUAACAUAAAUUGACAUGCCGCCUGAAAGUUUACUCUUUUGUUUUUUAUUUAAAUAUCUCUUAAAUACUGUUUAACAUAAUUCUGAAUGUUUUUUUAUUUACAUAUUUAUCCUAAUAUUUUGAUGUUGUGUUUGAUAUUGCUAAUAGAAGAUGUAAAAAUUUUUUUUUAAAACUUAAUGUAACUCAAAAUUGUUGUUGUCCUUUUUUUAUUGAUUAUCGAAAAAAAAUGCAUAUAUUUUUGUAUAAUUCACCGCACAUGCAAUUACCACCACCACCACCCUCUACACCCCUCACCCUACCCACUCACCUUGUAUGUACGUAUUUUCUUAUUUAUUUUAUUUGUGUAACACUGCAACUGUAUUGGACCAAAAAGCAAACGUUAGUAUUUAAGCGAAUUCACAUACUCACACAAACACACAAAUGCAAAUCACACACACAAGCACGCACACAAAUAUGUGCAUCAAAAUAUGUAUAUUGUAUUAUUUCUCUAAAUGUAUUAUUAUUAUUAUUAUUCCAUUACUUUUUGUUUGUCCAUUUGUUUUUGUUUUUACAUAUUUUGAUGUGUCUUAGUAUGUAAAGCCUUUAUUUUGUAUUAUUGUGAAAUAUUUGUUUUUACGAAUUGUGUGCGUUUUUAUUUUGUAUUUUAUUAAAUAUUUUAUAAAUGUAACUAUUUUGUAGGUAUGUAGAAUUUAAUUUUUGUUAUGUUAUAAGAGCGCAAAGAUAUUUUAUAUAUAUACAUAUAUACACAGAGAAUAUAUAAAUGAAUAAAAGCAUAAAUACAGAGUUUCUUAUUUGCAUGGUAAAAGGAUAAUGCAAGCGAUUGCUUGACAUAAAAUAGUUUUGGUUGCAAUUUUGAUGUUCGAGCUUUAUUUCGGUUCUAAGCUUUAUAAUACUAUAAUCGGUACUUAAAAUUAUAGCAUAUUUGGUACGUUUUUAUCGGCAUUCGGUUAAAUAUUUCAGAAAGUCAUUGAGUAGAUAUUUCGCUUGGCUUAGCAAACAUUACCCGAAAAAGUAACUAAGUUUUAAUUUUAAUAUUUCUUUAAAUUUUUUAAUUUUUUUCACCUGUUUUUUAAUCUCAGUGAAAUUGCUACAUUUUCGAAAUUUUUUGAAGUCUAUAAUUAAAAAUGAUAAAAAUAUUAAAACUUAGCUUAGAUGAGUCUCACACGAGCAAUAUAUUGUGUUAUAUCAACUUUGAGUUUUAAUUUUAGUAAAUUUAAAUAUUUUUUUUUUGUUUAGUUUGGUUUUCUAAUAUUAAUUUACCAUAAUUAAAUACUUUACGUAUUUUUUGAAGUUUUAACUUAGCUUAGAUCAAUGUCAGAUUGUGUCUUCAUUAAACUGAAUCAACUUUGAGUUUUAAAUGCAGUAAAUAAAUUUUAAAUUUUUUAAUAAUAUAUUUUUUUUUCAAUACUUUUCUGAAAAUAAAAUAUUCUGAAAUUUAUUUAAAACUAACUUUCUUUUGAGGAAAAAUACUCGAACAGAAUAUUCUUUAUAACAUUGCGUCUACGACCAGAGACCUAGUGUGCUUGAAACUACUAUUACUACUGAGUCAUCAUAUAAUUAUUAUUACAUAAAUAUAAAACCCAUCACACUCUUAAUUACGAAUUAAUCACUUUUUAUCACUUAGCUGUUAAUUAUUUACUUAACAAUUAAUAGUUAGCUUUAUGUGUGAUAUUUUAAUAUUUUACAACAAAUGUAAACUUAUUGAUUUUUUUUCUUCAGCUUGAUUUUAUAUUUGCUACAAUUUAGAAGUGACCAAAAGAUCUUUGAAUUUUCAUAUAAUUUGACAUUUCGUGAUUUUGAAUGUUUUGUAUGUAUAUACAUAUAUUAUGUGAGGCUUUUUUAUAGAUCAUAACUAAAGUAUGUAUCAAUACUAUAGAUAAAUGUAAAUUAAUAGCUUAAUAUAUAAACUUACUUAGAGUUGAAUAAAAAAUAUCGCUAAAAGAAGGGUCAAGUUUUGAAACUAUGAUAUCUUAGCUUGUUGUUUCUUAGUUUAAUGCUGCGAUGCAAAAGAAAAUUUUUGAGUUAGUCAAGAUUAUAAAAAAAUAUAUUAAAUUAAAACUGAAUCCACUACUUGAACUUAGUAACUGUUAGCAUUCAGUUUACUACUGAGAGAGAUUAUUUCAAAAUAAUUCGAAACUAAUCAAAAACUUAAAAAAGAGAAACGAGUUAGAAAAACGUUUACAAUAACUGCACAAACCUUUGUCAACUUCCACUACUCCUUUGAUAGGGCAAAUAUAAAUAUUUUACCACUAUACUAACCUGAUUAACGAAGAAACAGAAGACAACUAAAAUCUAUUCUUAAAUGUACAUGUAAGAGCUGCAUCGUAAACUAUUUAUCAGUAGUUUUCCCAAAAUAUGAGGGCAAAAUAUAUUAUAUAUAUAUAUUAUAUCAAUUUCUGGGAAUGAAACUGAUUGGAAUAUGAAUGAUUAAUGAUUAUAGAGGUAUCGUAGAUAUAUCUAUAAGGCGGGCUUGUUACAACAUUUAUAAAUCAAUUCCCAUUUUGAUGAUCGCGAUGCUGAAUAUGUCUCUGCACCGAGUAUCAGAAAAACUAUUAAAAUAUCGGUAAAAGUUACAUACAAAACUUAGCUAGUAAGAUAUAAUCUGUUAUUUGGAAAACAUUUAAAAUCCUCGAGGGAAAUGUAAACAAAAAAAUGUUUACACAUAAAAAAUCAAUUGGUCUAAAUCAUUUCGUUCUUAGGCAUUACAAAGUUCGCUUGGUUAGUUAGUAUAUAUAUGGAUAUACAUAUGUACAUAUAUACAUAGAUAUAGCUCAUUAAUGAAAUAUAUUAAAGGCAUAAUUAAAUGAAAAAGUAUGGGAAGUAAAGCAUGUUAAGAAAACUGCGUGUAUAAUUAAUGUGUUAUUUAUAUAUUAUAAUGUUAUCGGAUAAAUAAUAUAAUAUAAAUUAACUGUAUGCUUCUCUGCUUGCAUAAAUAAAUACACAUGAUAUAAAGCUCUAUGAUAGAUUGAUAGAAAAAUAUGAAAAAGAAAUAUGUAGACUUUGAAAAAAUGUGGCACCUAUUAUAUUGGUUAAAGAGUCAAAGCAAAAUAUAUUAUUUACUUAAUAUAAAACAAAAAUAUAAUACUAAGCACAUAAUUAUAAUAUUGUAGAUUCCUUAAAAAAGAAAGAUAAAUAUGUGGGCUUUUCAAAAAUCAACAUGGUAUUUAACUUAAGUUUGGUAUUCAUAAUCGAAAUAAGAAAUUAGAUUAAAAGAAAAUUAUAUUGUUUGAAAAAAAAUAUGGUAUAUCUUUAAAAUAAAAUUUGAAAAAAAAAAUAUUAAAAAAUAAAGGAAAUGAUAAUUAUAACAAUAUUAUUAUAUGGUAUACAUAUAUUAUAUGUAUAUGUGGACUUUGUAAAUAUCAAUUAUCUGCAGGACUUAGAAAAAAGAAAAAUGAUAUUAUCUAUAUUAUAGCUUAUAUGUGGACUUUGAAAGUGGCUAGAAUUUAUUAUUUUUUGUUCAAAGAAAACGUUUGAAAAUAUAAAAAAUAUAAAAUACUCGUACAUAUAUAAAAUAAAUAAAUAUAUAGCAGUUUGAAGCAAAUUAUAAGAGUAAUUAUAAACGUCUAAUUUAUAUUUAUUGAAACUAAAGUUAAGAAAAUCACAGCUAAAGCAACAAAUUACAAUAAAUGUAUGACAAUAAAAAAUAAUCAUACAACAGAAUUUAUUAUUGUGAAAGGACAAAAGUAUAAACGCGUAACGCUUCAGUAACAAACAAAAUCAAAAAAGAUACAAAAAUAAUUAAACACUAAAAAUAAAAAAUAUUAUAAUUUGAAUCGAUGUAAAGAAUGAAAAGAGUUAUAAAAAAUGAUUGUUGUAAUUAUGAUAAAUGUAGGCACUCAAAAAUUAAUGUGGAAAAUUGAAGCUAAAAUGUAUAAAAG